AUGCCUUGGAGAGAUUGUUGGAUGCUCCAGGAAGUAACGAGAAAAGCAAAGAAAGCUACAUUUGUGCCUCUUGAUGCCAGCGGUUACGCAACGGUUGAGUUCGGCAGCCCAGACCUGCUCCUCCGUUACAGGAGAAAGGAAACCCGUCCUGAUUCCUGUGUGUGGGCCCUCCGGGAUCUCCACGCCACGCCUGUGGAGAAAGCCGCAUGGCGCAUACCCUGUGGCGACGAAGCGCACACGGGAUUUGUAUCUAGCCUCACUUUCAUGUCAGCUCUGGUUUGCUCCAUGUCCAUAGUCUUAGCAGCUUCCCUAACUCCUUGA